AAAAAAAAAAUUUCUAUAUGCAGUAAAUUCGACAACACUAAACAUUCAUUAGAAAUUUUUGAUAUCUAUGAUAAUCUAUAUGAAAUCUUUUGUGCUCGAAAUAAAACUCAUUCCAUCAGCUGACUUCUUUUAGGUUAUAAUUAUAACCAUACUUUUUGUCUUUAUAGGAUUUUUAAAAAAUUUUUCUAAUUCCAUAAAUCUUCAGAAUGGACAAUAUUGAAUAGACUAUUACAAUUUGAAUAUCAACUAAUCGACAGAGAUUAACAUCAUUGUAUCGUCAAUAAAUUGAUUAUAAUCAUCACGUGAUCUGCAUCAUCUCUUUUUCUCUGCUGUUACCUUUAUUGCAGUUAUCAACCUGAAGCUCUACAGGAGAUUUUGUGUUAAAAAAUCAACGUUACUGGACGUAUACGUCUUACCAUUUGUAGUUUGAUCAAUUCUUUUAUAUACCAGAAAAAGAAGAGUGCUGCAGUUGAACAAACCCAAACCGACUUCAGUCAACUAAGAAAAAAUUAAUUAAUUAAAUAGCUUUAUUAAGGUUCAAACAAAGAACUUCGGGUUCACAUCGAACAGAUUUGUUGAAUUAGUGAAGAAGAAUCAAAAGAUAUUAUUGUAAAAAAUGCAUGGAGAUAAAGACGUCGAUAAACCGAAGAGCCACCGUGCGAGGCAAUCUGGUGUUAAGGCUGACAAGAAAAAGCUGAAGGCCAAGAAAGAUUCUAUUCAAAGGGAAUCCCAUAUAACAGCUCGACAGCGGAAUCCCAAAGCAUUUGCCAUCAAUUCGGCCCAAAAGGCCGAACGUAAUUUUCGGCGCAAAGAAGACUUGACUACUAAAAAACAGCAUAUACCUUUAGUGGAGCAAAUGCUCGACAAACCUCCUCCUAUACUAAUAGGUGUUGUAGGACCACCAAAAGUCGGCAAAACUACGUUAAUAUGUAAUUUGAUAAGGAACUUCACGAGAACCAAUGUAAGCACUACGCAGACGCAAAUCAAAGGUCCAAUAACAAUGGUAACCUCGAAGAAGCGGCGAAUAACGCUUUUAGAAUGUAAUAAUGACAUUAACUCCAUGAUUGACGUGGCCAAAUGUGCAGAUUUGGUACUAUUAUUGUGUGAUGCCAGUUACGGCUUUGAAAUGGAAAUUUUUGAGUUUUUAAAUAUUUGUCAAGUGCAUGGGAUGCCUAAAAUUAUGGGUAUUCUUACACAUUUAGAUAUGAUAAAAAAUCCGAAACAACUGCGCAAGAGGAAAAAGGACUUAAAGCAUCGCUUCUGGACUGAGGUAUACGAUGGGGCUAAGCUUUUUUACUUAUCAGGCUUGUUGCAUGGCGAGUAUUUGCGAAAUGAGAUCAAAAAUCUUGGACGAUUUAUAUCAGUCAUGAAAUUCAGACCAUUGCAGUGGCGUGGAGCUCACAGCUAUGUAUUGGUAGAUCGUGUCGAAGACAUAACCAAUACUGAAAUGCUACGAAGCAAUCCAAAAUGUGACCGAAAUGUCGUUCUGUAUGGUUACGUUAGAGGGGUACCGCUGAAACAAGAACAUAUGGUUCACAUUGCAGGUUUAGGAGAUGUUCGUAUCGAUGAACUGACUUGCAUAUGUGACCCUUGUCCAUUACCCGGUUUCGAGAAAAAGCGUUCUUUGCUGGAAAACGAACGCUUGCUUUACGCACCAAUGUCUGGCAUCGGUGGCAUUGUGUAUGACAAGGAUGCAGUUUAUAUUGAGUUGCAAGGCUCACACAGUCAUAAGCAAAAAAAUGUAGCAUCUACCGAGCAAGAAGAAUUGAUGGGAAAGCUAAUCGAGAAGAAACAAACAGUAGAUAAGUUAGUGGAUGAACAGGAAUUUCGAUUAUUUUCAGAUGGACAAGUCAUUAAGUCGAAGGAUUUCAAAGAGAACGGUUACUAUGAUAACGACGAAGAUGUUGGAAGUGGUGAUAAAGAAGAGAAUGAUUCUGGGGUCGGUAACAAUGAGGAGGAUACUACUGAUAAAGAAUUUCUUCAAAACGACUGGUGUAGUGGUAAUGAUGAUGACGACGACCAGCAAAUAAAUAAGAAUUCAGAAGAGUCAUCUGACGAUGAUGAUUACCAAGAUUUUGACAGUACCAGUAGAUCUGGAGAUGCUGAUGACGAUAAUGAUGCGAUUAUAGCCGAUAGCAUGAAGUGGAAGGAAAAUUUAACUGAAAAAGCAAGGGAAGAUUUUAUGCAACGUCAUUUGGAAUCAAAAAAUUUAAUGCGCCUGGUGUAUGAAUGUUAUAUUCAGAAAGAACCAAAAACGGCUGAAGCAGAACAAAAAGAGAAAGAUUUCGAGGACGAAAGUAAUGGUACUUUCAAAUUGGUAGCAAAAAAGCAAAAUGAAUUGCAGAAAGAAGGGGAUAUAUGGGAUAAAGAGGAGAAUUGCUUCUUCAAUGAGAAUCCAGGUAAUGUACGAAACUGGCUGGAUGAAGAUAACAGACAAUUUGUUAAGAACUGUUUCGUUACUGGAAAAUGGAAAGCAUCAGAAGACGCUCAGACCUUGUUGCGUUUAGAAGACAUGAGCGACGCUGAAAGCGAAACGUACGGAGACUUUGAAAAUUUGGAAACGCAUGAAAAACAAAGUGGUAAGUCUCCGAACCAGAAUGAAAACCAACAAGAUGGUUCGAGUAUUUUGAAACGUAAGGAAAGAGGGGAGUUGAACCGAGCAGAAGAAGAAAAUCUUACCAAAGCUGAAUUAAUGGCUAAAAAGUUGAAAUUGAAGGCUAAAUUUGAUGCAGAAUACGACCAAAAAGACGAAAAAUUAGAUGAUGGUCGAAUUAUUGGGGAUCAUGCUUACUAUGAUGAAUUGAAAGCUGAAACACAAAAACAGUCUGAAAUUAACAAAAGUGAAUUCGAGCAUUUGGAUGAAGACUUGCGAAUUCAAAUCGAAGGAUACCGAGCUGGUCUCUACGUGCGCUUACGUUUCAAAAGCCUUCCUGCUGAAUUCAUACAACACUUUGAGUCUAGCUAUCCUCUGUUACUCGGAAGCCUUAAUAUGAUCGAAGAAAACGUGGGGUACGUCAAUUGUAAAGUGAAGAAGCAUAGGUGGUACAAAAGGAUUUUGAAAUCAGGAGAUCCAAUUAUCAUAUCAAUGGGCUGGCGACGCUUCCAAACUAUAGCUGUAUAUGCAAAAGUGGAAGACAACUUCAGACAUCGAUUUUUAAAGUAUACUCCUGAACAUGUCACGUGUAGUAUGACAUUUUGGGGCCCCAUCACGCCACAGAAUACCGGUUUCUUAGCUUUACAAACAAUGCGUUACGACCAGGAGGAAUUAAAGAGGAUUGGCUUCCGUAUUGCUGCCACAGGGUGUGUAAGCGAGUUGGAUAAGACUUGUCAAAUAAUGAAAAAAUUGAAACUCGUUGGGCAUCCCUUUAAAAUAUAUCGCAAAUCUGCCUUCAUCAGAGGUAUGUUUAACAGUCAGCUAGAAGUGGCAAAAUUCGAAGGAGCUCGUAUCAAGACCGUUUCUGGGAUAAGAGGACAAGUAAAGAAAGCUCACCACACACCUGAGGGCUCAUUUCGUGCUACUUUUGAAGACAAAAUCCUGCUAAGCGAUAUUGUGUUUUGUCGUACGUGGUAUCGGUUCGACGUUCAUCGUUUUUAUGCUCCUGUUACAACGUUAUUACUGCCGGCAGAGCAAAAACUGCAUUGGCAAGGAAUGAAAACUUUAGGACAAUUAAAACGGGAACGUCAGAUAAGAAAUAAAGCUAUUCCUGAAAGUCUCUAUACCGAGAUUAAACGCGAACCCAAAGCUCUCAAACCUUUAGUUAUACCCAAAGCUUUACAAAAAGCUCUGCCUUAUAAAGAUAAACCCAAAUUUGGCCCUUUGAACCCGAAACGAAAAGAAGAGUCUGUCGCUAUUAUACGAUCUCCUUACGAGCAAAAGGUAGCGAAACUUAUGAAGAUGAUCGAGACAAAUUACCGAGAGAAACGCAACAAAGAUCACCAAGAAACCAAACAGCGCGUUAAAAAAUUUAAAGCAAAGCGACGAGCCGAGGAAGCCUCGAAAUUCAAGCGACAAAAAGAACUGCGUAAAAAAAUAUCAAAAGCUAUAAGUAAAAUUCGUAGCAAACAAAAGAAGAGAUAG